UUCAACGUACAUUAUCUUGAUCUGAACAUUUCCCGUCUGGCAGUUGCUUUUAGGUUGCCCAUAAAGAAGCAGUUGGUCCUUUUCCAUAAACAAUUCUAAAUACGAUGAGGACAUUCUUGGGAAUCUUAUUACUUGUGGGUGUAAUAUUUUGUUCUGUCCACACAAAGGAGGUCAGGGAAUUCGACGAGACUCUUUCAUUGGAAAACAUUUUACCAUUUAAACAGAAGUCGUUCAAAUGGUCACCACCUGCAUCUAACGGAAAUGCUACCCAAGUUAAACUACACGUGACCGUUGCAAACUUGGACACAAUCGAUGAGAGGUCGAUGACAUUUGGAUGCGACUUGUACUUGGCUCAAAGUUGGAAGGAUUCCAGGAUUGGAGUGCCAGAAAAUAUGCAAGAGGGUUAUCGAAACAUACCCACGGAUCUUGUAGGGGAAAUCUGGAAACCAGAUACGUUCUUCAAGAACGCAAGGAGUGUCAAGUUUCAAACGUUGCCCUCUCCUAAUGAAUACGCCUGGCAAUUCAAAGACCAAACCAUCCUUUACAUGGUCAAGCUUUAUGUGAUUUUGACAUGUCCCAUGAAUUUCAAACGAUUUCCCCACGACACUCAAACUUGCCGCAUAGUUAUCGAAAGCAUGUCAAAUGACGAGAGCAAAAUCAUUUUCGUGUGGGAUCCCGAAAUUCCGUGGAAGGUGGAGCCUGAACUUGAAUUGCCUCAAAUGGAGUUGAUCUCAACAGAAAGCGCAAAGAGUUCUACAAAAUAUGCAAUAGGAAAAUACUCUUGCUUGGAACUGAUCUUCACCUUCAAGCGACGGGUUUGUAGCUCUAUCAUGCGAAUGUACAUUCCCAUUGGCCUUUUGGUGAGUCUAUCUUGGCUCUCGUUCUGGAUGCAACCCGAGGCUGGUCAAGCUAGGUUGUCUUUGGGCACUGUGUGUCUUCUCAUACUAGCUUUUCAAUAUAUGGCUAUUCAGAGAACCUUUCCUCCGGUGUCGUACGUAAUGACAAUGGACAUUUUUGUUGCCGGAUGCGCACUCUUCAUUAUUGCAUCCUUGGUGGAGUUAGCGUGGGUGAACACUUUGGUUGCAAGUGUAACAUCCGAGGUGGCCAAGGCAAAUGGCAGUUUUGUCCAGGGAAAAUUAAGACACCUAGGACACUACGAGGAAGAAACCACUGGAGGCAUGACUCUAACUGGGCAGAGUCAAAAUCUCAACAAAGCUCGAGACUUGCUUCACAAACGCGAAAAGGCUCUCCAGAUCGACCGAUUCUCGCGGUGGUGUUUUCCGAUAUUUUUCCUGGGCUCAAUCGUGGUGUAUUGGUUUGGCGUAGCCAAUUGAACGGAACUACCGCCGUAACAAUAUUUAGAAACCCCAUGUCAGAACAGAACAUAUUCAGUUGUGAAAUUGUGAUUCCAUUCUGUAGAUCUUUGCACUCCAAAAUUCGAACUUCAUUCCUUUGUU